GGGACCUGUCUCCUUUGCUUUUCUGUCUGUUCCAGGUGCGCAUGCAGCAGAGCUGAGGAAGGAGGUGUCCCACGCCGCUCUCCCCUGGACCCCGGACGUGGUCUGCGUGAUGGCCCCCAGCAACAACCUCACGGCCAGCAGGAACAUCGGAGAGGCGUCGCUGGACUUCGGUGCUCUCCUGGCUACAGUCUGCAGCCGCUGGGCGAAGGUGUUUGUGCUGGAUUUCCCUCCACGCCUGAACAUCGAGCCUGGCCUGCAGGAGCUGUUUCGCCAGGAGUUCCGCCGUGUCGCAGCACGCAUGGGUCUCCCGUACGUGUCUUUGGCAGAGCACCUCCCUCUGGAUCGUUUGGAGCUGUGGAGCCGUGACAGUGUGCACCUCAGCGACAGCGAUGGAACGCCGAUCCUCGUCCAGGCCCUGUGGGACGCCGCGGUCCGCCAGCUGGCUCCUCCUCCUCCUCCUCCUCCGCCUUCGGUGCCCCCCCGGACUUCGCCUCGUGCCAGGGUCUCCCCCGUGCUGGUCGUGACGGGACACAGGCCCGCACCCCGUCGCCGCAACCCACUGGAGUGGACCGUAGUCGGACAGGAGGGCAAGGCUCGAGCAUCUCCGGUGCAAGAGUCUGUCAUCCCGUCCAACCCCGUUUGGUUCAGCGGCGACAUGUUGGAGGCCAUGGAGACGGUUUCUCCUUCUUCAGACGACGACGACACUGCCAUUCCACCAGCUGGCCAGGUAAACUGCCUGAAAAUUAUAUCAAUGAAGCAACCCUCACCUGCCGAUGAGAUUAUUGCUUUCUCUGAGCUAAUUAAUGAUCAGUCUUGUUCUUCAGAUAACUAAUGGUUCCCUGUGUGAGUGUGUGUGAAUUGUUGAUCUGAGUUUUUCCGAGU